GGCGGUGUGAGAGAAGCAGCGGCACCGACCCAGCAGGGCCAAGGCUAUGGCCGGAGGCCAAGAGGAGAAGGCGAUCCCAGAUGAGGUCCAUCAGAACCAGAUCUUGAGGGAACUGUACCUCAAAGAGCUACGCACCCAGAAGCUCUACACGCAGUAUCACGUGAAUCCCCUCCGCAAAGUUCACACAAUCACCAGAAAGCCCAUGUCCUGGCACGAUAACCUGGAGGAACCUGCAGAUGCCAGGUUUCUGAAUCUUAUUCACCACGCUGCCCAGGGCCCAAGGAAGAAAUACGCGGAGACACAGACUGAAAGCCAAGAAAUCGGAUGGGACUCAGAGCCCUUAGUCAACCCAGAACGUGAUGACGGCAGGCUGAACCACUUCAGGGUCUACAAUGACAUCACUCUUUACAAGGCUAAAAUGUGGAGCUUGGGAGAAGAUGAUCGCCACAAGUAGUGUUCCCACAGUGGUGUCAGUCCCUGUCUUUAAUGCCCAAAGUGUGUGCUGCCCACAGAAAUAAAUAUUACUUUAA